AUGGCGCAAGUGCAGCCCUUGGCGCAGACCAUGCAUUCCCCAUCCCGUCCCUCGCCGCUGCCCACGCUACCGCCGACGGAGGUGGAGGUUCCGUUCCCAUACUUUACUGGCGACAUCUUGGAGCGGGUGUGCCGUCAUAUGUCGUACCGCUUCCGCAUGUCAUCGUUUGGCAGCGAGGACGGGUGCUACCGCGUGUACGUCAUGAAGACGCGCACGAUCCCGCGUCCCAUGACGCUGCCGUUGGUGGAGUACCUGGAUGCAAAGGAUCGGGCUUUCAUCGCCGACUGGGAUGAGCUCAUCACGGUGCAGAUACUGAAGGCGGCAACCCUCCUCAAUUACGAGGAACUGCUGCAACUGGCCUCGGCAAAGCUGGCCUCAUAUCUUAUCGAACGCGACUUGGAGGGGGUGCGAACACUGCUUGGUGUCAAGGGCGACUUCGACCUCACCGAGGACGCUGAGCUGAAGAAGGAACAGAUGGUGGACUACUUGCGCUAG